CAGCUUAAUUGCAGGUGCACGCGGAAGGACGAAGCGCGGUCGCGAUGCCGCCGCCGCCGUAGGCUUUGGUUGGACCCAAAAUGAAACAUGCGCAGACUCGCUGUCUGGUUUAAUGCCACAGUUAGUAAGCCUGCUACAGGAGAUAUGCAGUAAUAUUAAUGAGGUAUAGACUGUAUUUCAACAUAGAAGCGUGGGUGCUUACUGAUGGAGGAUACGUAAUGGCCAGAAGGUAGCCGACCUCGGAGCUCUCGAAACAAGAUGAUAAAGAACUGGGGCGUCAUUGGUGGGAUAGCUGCUGCGAUUGCAGCUGGAGUAUACGUUUUGUGGGGUCCAAUCACAGAGCGAAAGAAAAGAAAGAGAGGUAUGGCACCAGGUCUUUUAAACUUGGGGAACACCUGCUUUCUGAACUCGUUACUUCAGGGCUUAGCAGCAUGUCCGUCGUUCAUCAGGUGGCUGGAGAAGUUUGCAGCUCUGCCUUCAAUCCAGUCCUGCAAAGACAACCAGCUAUCCACGACACUGCUCCAGCUUCUCAAAGCUCUAUCCAGUGAUGAGCCAGGUGAGGAUGAUGUACUUGAUGCUGGAUGUCUCCUGGAUGUCCUCAGACUGUACAGAUGGCACAUCAGCUCAUUUGAAGAGCAGGAUGCACAUGAGCUGUUUCAUGUCCUUACAUCUUCUCUGGAAGAGGAGCGAGAUCGUCAGCCCAAAGUCACAAAUCUGUUUGACAUGCACUCCCUUGAGAGUCUCCCAGAUCAAGAUGAGAAAACUAUGAGAUGCAGAAGUCGAGCUCCCCUUCAUCCAAUACCAAGUCCGUGGAAGUUUCAGCAUCCGUUUCAUGGUCGGUUAACAAGCAACAUGUUCUGCAAGCGCUGCGAGCUACAGAGUCCAGUGCGGUACGACUCGUUUGAUAGUCUUUCCCUGUCCAUCCCUUUACCUCAGUGGGGGCGGCCGAUCUCUCUAGAUCAGUGUCUUCAGCACUUUAUCUCUUCAGAAACCAUCAAAGAAGUGGAGUGUGAAAAUUGCACCAAGCUUCAACAAGCUACCACAAUAAAUGGGCAAGUUGUAGAAAGCCAAAGGACGACGUUUGUUAAACAGCUAAAACUGGGAAAGCUCCCCCAGUGCCUUUGCAUCCAUUUGCAAAGAUUGACGUGGUCGAGUGAAGGAACCCCCAUCAAACGACAGGAACAUGUGCAGUUUGCAGAGUAUCUAUCAAUGGACCAUUACAAACACAACACUUCCACACAGAGGAGUCAGCGGCUCAGAUGCACUGCAAAAUCCAUAAAGGCUGAAAGCAGAGACGAUUCAGUAGAAAAACCCUCUGCCAAUGGCACCGAUUCAGAGCAUCACAACAACAACAAACCUUUUUCUAAUGGAACUUGUUCAUCGGUCCUCCUUCACACUCCUGGUGUGAACCCACAGCUCAGCCUCACAUAUGACUACAGUUCUACAGAGUACCUUUUCCAGCUCACGGCAGUGCUGGUUCACCACGGUGACAUGCACUCAGGACAUUUCGUCACCUACCGCCGCAGCCCCUCCUCAUCUCGCAGCUCUUCACCCUUCAGCUGCCAGUGGCUGUGGGUGUCAGACGAUUCGGUACGCAAAGCCAGCCUGCACGAGGUGCUGUCUUCCAACGCUUACAUGCUCUUUUACGAGAGAGUACGAAGACUUGGCCUCUCUCUGCCCUCAGAGCAGUAACCAAAGGCUCGCAGCCUGAAUGACUUCUGCCUUUCCAGUCAUACUGUCACACUCGAUGUGGCAGGGGACAGCACGGUUACCAACACGUGGCUUUGUGAACAUGACACCAGAGAAGAAAGCCAUCCUAGAGUUGUCCUAGGGUGUAGUGUGAUGUGUUGUGGACACCUUGCCUGCUGCUCUGCUCCAGAGGAGGAGCCUUUUAAUCCCAAAGAUGAUAAAACUGCAGGAUUUUUGUCAUAUCUUUUAUCGGUAAGCUACUUUUUCUUUGACAUGUAAUAAUUUAUGUAACACCUCGACUUCUACCAGAUAAAGAAAGGGGAACACCUGACAUUAAACGCUGCAUCGGCCACAACAUUAAAAACCACUGACAAGCAAAAUGAGUAAUGGUUGUCGUCACUGGUGCAGUGAUCUGCUGGAAAACCUAUGGGUCAUGGUAUGUGGAUGGUACUCUGGUACACUCCACUCCACCCACCUAAAGAUUGUUGUAUCCCAAGCACACCCCUUGUUGCUAUGGCACUUUGUGGCAGUAUCCUCCUCCAGCAGCAUAUUUACCCCAGCACACCAGGGGAAAAAAAAAAAAAACGUGUGUCUGUGUGUGUGUGUGUGUGUGUGUGUGUGUGUGGCUUGAAUGUAAAGCAGUUUCAGUAGUCAGUAGGACUAGAAAAGCUCUAAAUAAAUGCAGUCCACUUACCAUAUUCCCAGCUUCCAAAUCCUGAUCUGAUUGAGAGGCUUAUCCUGCAAGCAGAUUAAACAAACGCCAAAUACCACAGGACACUCCCAGAGGCCAAAAUGAUAUUUGUGACACCACAAUAUUAGACUGGUGGUUUUACUGUUGUGGCUCAUUGGUGCAAUCUAUGUCAAGAUAAAAACCCUACAAACUGCGGUUCACGUUUAAAGCGUACAGUAUUUAGGCUGGCACAAAAGUUGGCUAGAGGUGUUGCUUCUGGUGUUUAAAUGUGAAUGCUUUUCUUUCCAAGCUCCUUAGACCACCCAUUAGGACUUGUCAGCGAUUAUAUUUAGGAGCUUUUGCAUAUUCUGAAAAGUCAAAGGUGGAAUUAUCCUUGACUCUGGUUCUCUUUGUCAGAUGUAGUUUGCCUAAUAAUUCCCAGCAGUGUAUGUAAACCCAGAGCAGUAAUAAUGUUUCUAUUGACACGGUUUUCUUCUAUUUGAUUAUUUUUUUGCUGUUUCCAGUGAACCUAACUCUAUCAUGAUUUAUAGAACUGCACGUUUGUGGUUUAAGUGCCAUAUUGUCUUAAAUGCCCGAGAUUUUAAACACGUGGAACCAUGAGUGCUACAACUAAUGUGAACGGGGCCCUUCCUUGAAAUGUGACACAUCACAGCCAGUUGACAUGCUGUGGGUGUUUUUAAACUGGUUAAUAAGAGACGUGCCCUUAGUUAACAUGACUGCAGAUUUCUGUAGUCAUCCUGUUGUUUAUAAUUAAUGUGUAACUUUUGACCAACGAGGUCAAAAUAAGCAGUGAUCUGGUGCAGAACUGCUUAAUUUUUGCAGUUUGCACUAGUGUAUAUUCAUGUGAGAUUGUAUUUGUGUGCAGUCUGUAAGCUGAUUGUUUUCAGGUAUUAAAAGCAUUAAAAAUG